AAAAAUGGCGUCCCUUAAGCAUGUAGGGUGCUUUUUAGUAGUAGUGUUAUGCAUUUACGCUAUCUCGCCGACUCAUGGGCAAGGAAUGAGAAGAAAACAGCCAAAAGACAAGGGGGAAGCGAUGUACACUUGUCUUAAUCAUCAGUGCUGCACUUGUGAUAAAAGCCAGGAAAUGCAGGACUGCUUUGAAGAAAUGGAAGAAACGACUAUGCGCUACUUUAUUGGAGAGGUUGAGAAAUGCUUUGAACUGGAUUAUACUAUUGCGAACUCUGAUGCUGCUACGGCUGCUUGCGUACUUCCCAAAGAAGGAUGGGAUCGCUGCAGAAAUCAAAUUCUCGACAACUUCAAUAAUUAUAUUAAUGAAAUGUACACUAGUGACGACCCAGAGAAGAAAAACGAAAUUCCAGGUGUGGAAAGGGCUAAAGUUUGUUUUGGACCUCAUAUAUCAGCCUGCCAAACAUUUCCAAAUCAAUGUUUAUAAGGUUAAUCAAACGUUUCCACACCUGUUUUAAGGCUUAGAAGAUCCAUCUGAAAUUGUAAAACGCCUUUCAGCUUGAUUGAAAUACAAGAGGAAAUUAUUACCUGCAAAAUAAAUUGC